CGGCGGCUUGUCGUUGGCUGUGUGCGAGGGUUCACGCAGGGGUCGUGUUGUGCUUUUGUUUCCAUCAUGGCCUUCGUCAGCCUGUUCGUCAGGAGGCAGCUGCCGCAGACCGGCUCUUACUUCGUCCGGCUGCUGAAGCUCGUCCGGCCUCCGCUGAGGAGACUGCACGGCUCGGCCCGGCAGCGGGUCGGAGACAAAGGCCCGUGGGGGAAGAGCCGCGGGUCCGAGCAGCAGCAGUACCCGCUGACGGAGCUCGAUAAGGCGGACGCACUGAUGCUGAGAAAGUCUCAUGAAACAGGAUUCCUCUCGUGGUUCAGGAAUGGUCUGCUGGCCACUGGAGUCGGAGUCAUCGCUUUUGUCCAGAGUGAAGUGGGCCGAGAAGCAGGAUACGCCUUCUUCAUCCUCGGAGGCGUGUGCGUGUCAUUCGGCGGCGCUACUUACCUCACCAGCCUGUUUGCCUUGCGGAGAAUGAUGCUGCUGUCUGUGCCGGCGUUGCUACUCCACGGCGCGGUGGUGAGCAGCGUCGCCCUCUUCUGGUUGUGCGCCGUGUCGCUCUACAUCGGCCGGCUGGAGGUCGAGAUCAUCCACGAGGAUAACGAAGAGUGUGAAGAAUGCCGAGAGAGACGAGAACGCCGGCGUUACGGCGGCUCCCAUGACAAUGGACACAGUGAUGCUGAAGACAGUAAUGGACGAGGCAAAGACAAGUAGCCUUCACCGUGGGACGGACGGAGAGCGUGAACUGCUUUGUGACAGGGUGAAUUGUGUUAGCAGGCCUGCAUGCGUUCAUAUGUUGGUGCAGUGAGUCUCCCAUAAAUGCAAACUUCUUCUCUACAGGUGUAAAGUUUAUUUUCAAGGUUACAAUAACUUUUAUAUGCUGAGAAUCUUUAAUAAUUUAAGAAUUGUACAGGCCAAAAUAUUUGUCACUGGUAAACCUAAGCUUUGAACUGGUUCAAGGAGCGACAACCAGAAACUUUGCCAUUUUAUAAACCUGCUUUUUCCAGUUAAGGGUCAUAGGGGGUGGAGCCUAUCCUAGCAGCCAUUUGGAGAGAGGCGGGGUCCUUAAUUUAUUACUAAUUAUGUUUUCUGCUUGCAAUGACUUGGUACCGACUUCACUUCUUGUCUUCCUCUGUACGUCUUUAAAUUACGGGGAGAAAUUUACCACUUGCAGACAAUUAUCAAAGUGUGGCAUGUUCUCCCCGUUUACACCAAAUGAGGUAAAUAUUGUGGUUAACCCGAUAUGGUCUUGGAUAUCAACUUCAGUGUUUGAUGGAUAAGCUAACAUGCAAAAAGAAAUAAGUAAGAAAUAGUUAGCUAGCUCCAGUCAGGCUGAGCAGUGCAUCAGCAUAGGCUAGCUUGUUAACUUUGCCGUUAGCAACGGUCUAUAGAAUAAAAUACAGCCUGCAUCAAUAGACAUUUUUUUCUAACAUCUGAAAGAUACAAAUUAUGUCACACAAGCUUACAUGGACCGAGCCAUCUGGCUCAGCAGCAAAAGCUACAGUCCUCACACGACCAUAACAAUAACCCCUAACUAUAACAACGCUGCGCUACAUACGAAUAGCCACUUCCUAAAACCACACACACUGAGUAAAUAUAAAGUAUUAAUCUGACCUGUUAUGUCAUUUCAAUUGGAUUCAUCAUCACAGCCUGACAAUAAGAUGCUCUUGUUUUGAAAGACGAUGUCUGGGAAAUACUUUAAUUCCUUAUCUUGAAAAUUACUGAAGAAACACAGCAUUUUUAAAGAAGUCCCUCAUUGUUUUGUCUGCUCCAGGUGCACUUCUCCGCCUGAACCAGAGAACUCCAGUGCUUUGUCCUGUCAACAAGAAAAAUAACUUAUUAUAGCCAUCGGGUAUUGCGAAGGCCUUGCGUCCUAUUACGGUCAGGGUCUUCAAAUUCACAGGGAACAUUCUUGGGACGCAGACAUUGGACAAGUUCAAAGAUGGCUAACCUUGACCUAUUUUAAGAUGUCAAAAGUUCACAUUCUGUUUUCUAGUUUUAUGCUCAUACGACCGAGGGUAUUUUAGCAUUGCGUUAUAUUUUUAAAAGCUGAACUAUAUUCCCGCCAGCUUUCUGCUUGCAAUGAAAGUAAAUCCCAUUUGAUCCACCAAGACAAAAAAAAGCAUAAUAAUGACCUGAAUAAAUACAGUGUUUUCAAAGAAGUCCGUUGAUGCUCGUCUGCUCCAGGUGCAUUUCUCAGCAUGAAACAGAGGACGACGGGGCUUUGUCCUGCAAACAACACCCAAAAUAAAUAUCAGAGGUGAACCUCACCAGGUCUUCUUCUUCUGUCAAGUUUAUUGGCACUUUGCAAACCAACAUGGUGCAUUUCUGCCACUGUUUGCGUGUGAAGCAUUAAAGGAGUCUGACAUCCUCAUUGGUUCACUGUAAACAGAAGCCUUUCAAGAAUGAAAUAAAUAACGGUAUUAACCGGUUACCAUUAUUUUAAAUAAAUGGUUAUGUUCUGGAACAUAAAAAAAUAUAGUUUCUGGUUUCGUU